CGCAGCUCAACUGCUCAAGCCAGCUCGCAAGUCACCGAGAGCAAUCAACGCAAGCAGCUGAGCUACUUCAGACAGCUUUAUUUGAGCAGAGCAGAGCAGAGGAUCCGAGGACUCGAGGAGGAAGACACAGCUUGCUAAAGAGAUCGCGCGCGAUGGCGUCCAUGAUGAUGGGAGGAGACUUUGUGGAGGCGUACGUGCUCAAGAACGCGUACAAGGAGAAGCUCCGGCGCAUGGAGGCCGCCGAGGAGACGAAGAAGGGCAAGCUGGGCUCCGCGGCGGAGAAGAAGGUCUCGGGCGGCGGCGGCAGGGGAGGAGGAGGAGGAGGAGGCCUGUUUGGGCUCCUGAAGAAGAAGGUGCACCCAAAAGCAGCGGCCGCGUCGCCCAUGGAGACCAGGAGCACUGAAGAAGAAGAAGAAGAAGCCUCUUCUUGAUAAAUUUGCUGUCGCCAUUGCCAGACGUUCGGUCGGCGCACGGAUUGGUGGAAAACGCCUGCUUGCAAUUACUACGACGCAAGUAGUAGUGCUUCUAGGUUUGUGUAGUCUUCGUUCCUUCUUUCUUUGUUGAUUGACGAUCGAUCCAGCGUGUUUCUCGCUUGAUGUCGAUCAUGUUGUUUCAUUGGUUACUCAGUGCAAGUUAUAUUACGUGAAAUGGCAAAAACGGCAUUGGCCAAGCGCCCAAGCCAUAAGUGAUAAGUCCAUAACUUCAGCUAGAAUACUGUUUUCCCUGGUGUAAUGUAACGCGAUAAUUAGAUACUUGUCAUAUUAACGUCCAAGUUAUGCAGACCUUAAUUCUGGUGA